AUGGCGCUACCGACGAAGGAAGACCACCUCUUCUGCCUUGAGUGUGCUACAAUCUGGUUCGAAACCGCUCACACUUGCCCGUCGUGCCGUGCGGAGCUCUAUGUUUCCGAGUCACCCGAAGAGGAUGACUCGGACGAUGAGAGCGAAGCAGAAGAGCUUGAUCCUUUGCAAGAAUGGAGGUCGCGCAACAUCGAACUUCCUGACCCUGAAGAGGACUAUCUGAACACUGCCGAUGCCAAGACGUUCCAACGAACCUUGCUGCAUCUCUUCGACGCCACAACGCCAAUCAAUCCCCGAAACUUGAUGGACUGGCCAAAUGCGUAUGAUCAGUUCUGGUCGACGAAGUCCGAAUGGGAUGUUCUGGUUCUGAUCGACUGCAAGCAUCUCUCUGGCCAGAUCAAGGCCGCUGUUCACGUGCUACUCCCAUCACGUUACAACGAGGACUACAUGGGCACUACGACUCGGGACAUGAUGUGUUGGGAUGAAUGA